UCACAUUAUGAUAUUGUAUUACCGCCAGAGGCUGCACUCCAAUAUUCUAUUCAAUUAUACUCAGUAAAUACAAUACCGAGUCGGUUUAAUCGCAAAGCAGACCGUAUAGGCCCCGGGCGCGGCAUGGUGUGGGUGGCGGUGCUGCUGGGCGUGGCGCUGGUGGCGUGGCUGAGCCGCCGCGAGCUGUACCGCGACCUGCCCGGCCCCACCCGCCUCCCACUCCUCGGCAGCGCCUUCGCCUUCCUCGGAACUACUCACGAGCAGCUGUGGGAGCUGCCGGCGGGCAUGUUCGCGCGGUACGGCGGGCGGUUCGCGGUGAAGGUGUGCCACCAGUACGUGCUGCACGUGCGAGAGAGAAGGGACGUGGCCGCCGUGCUGUCUCACUCGCGCAACAUCACCAAGAACAUCGCAUAUGACUUCGUGCGCCCACUCCUCGGCGACGGUCUACUCACAAACACAGGUAAAACGUGGUUCACCCAUCGGAGAAUUCUGACACCCGCCUUCCACUCCUCGGCGCUGGAGCAGUACCUGAGGGCGUUUCGAAUCGCUGGGGCCGAGCUGGCAGACGAGCUACUCCUCCAGCAGCAGUCGCAGCCUGAGGGCGUCGACCUGCUGCCCAUCGUUAGUAAACAUAUGCUCCACACCUUGUGCAGCACCGUGAUGGGACUGGAUGGGGGCUGCUCGCUGAAGGGUGUGGAGGAGUACGAGGAGGCGGUGCGGGACAUCGGCGCGGCGGCGGCGACGCGCCUCGCCAACGCCUGGAUGCACAGCGACCUGGUGUUCCACCUGCUGCCCGCCGGGAGACGCUUCCGCCGGGCCGUGGAGGUGGCGCGCCGCUUCGCCGACCGCCUCGUAGAGAGGAAGUCGGUCGCGGGGAAGGGACGGGGUGUAGAGGAAAGGGCGGGGGAGGACCGGACGGUUCUGGAUCUGCUGCUGGCGGCGCGGCGGCGCGGGGAGCUCGACACACAGGCGGUGCGGGAUGAGGUCAACACCUUCCUCUUUGCGGGGCACGAGACCACGGCCGCCGCCGUCACGUUCGGUCUCAUGCUGCUCGCGGAGCGGGAGGACAUUCAGGAGCAGUUGUACUCGGAGUACGCCACUGCGGUGGGCGCGGAGCCGCCCUCGGCCGCCACACUGGCCGCCUUGCCGCUGCUGGACGCCGUGGUGCGCGAGGUGCUGCGCCUCUACCCCAGCGCGCCCGUCAUCUCACGACUCGUCGACGAGGACUUCGAUAUGAACGGCGUGGUGGUGCGGCGCGGCACUCACGUGGCGGUGCAUCUGUACCAGCUGCAGCGCCAGGCGCGCCAGUUCCCCGCCCCGGACACCUUCCGCCCCGAGCGCUUCCUACGUCCCGCCCCGCCGCCGCCGCCCUUCGCCGUAGCGCCCUUCAGUGCCGGCCCCCGCAACUGCAUCGGUCAGAAGUUCGCGCGGCUGGAGCUGAAGGUGGUGCUGGGCGAGGUGGUGCGGCGGCUGCGGAUGUCACCCCUCCCCGCCGCGCGCCCCGCCCUGCGCGCCGACCUCGUGCUGCGCCCCGCCCACCCCGUGCGCGUGCGCCUGCGCCCCCGCCCCCCGGUGACGGCGCCCCGCAUAACCCGCGCGACCUCCGUCUUGGACCAAGAAUAA